GCCUCAAACAAGUUUUAUAAACGAAGUAACAGCCAGUAUUGUACAAUACUUGAUUAACUUCCAUCGUUGACUUUUACUUCAAAAUUUAAAUAAAAAUAAAGUCACUAAAAAUACUCAUCUUCUAAAUUUCUCAUCUCUUGCGAGCCGACGUUUACAUCGGAAAUAAAUUUUCUGAUACCAUCUCGUGUAGUAUAUAAUGCCUCCGAAAAAGGGUGGUGACAAGGCCAAGGCCGGUGGCAAAGCGGGGAAGGAUGACGACAAGGGUGCCGGCAAGGAGAAGAAAGGAGGCACUUCUGUCAAGGUUCGACAUAUUUUAUGUGAGAAGCAGUCCAAAAUUCUUGAAGCCAUGGAAAAGCUCAAAGGAGGCAUGAAGUUCCCAGAAGUUGCUACGGCGUACAGUGAAGACAAAGCAAGACAAGGCGGAGAUCUUGGCUGGCAAAUACGAGGUGCUAUGGUGGGCCCUUUCCAAGACGCUGCUUUUGCCUUACCCAUUUCUACAGUCAACAACCCAGUCUACACGGAUCCGCCAAUUAAGACCAAGUUCGGAUAUCACAUAAUCAUGGUUGAGGGUAAGAAGUAGACUCUAAAUUAAUUAUACUGGGGAAAAAAUGUUUGCAAUCGAUUAACUUUUUUAACUAUGUAUAGAUUUGUAUGAAUCUAUGGAAUCUAUUCCACAUGAACUGAAAUCACAAAAUCUAUUGUUGCCUGUUUCUUACAUCAAAGAUAAUUAAUUAAAUGUACGGGAAUUAUAAA